CGAGUUCACUGAGUUGACCAGAAACUCCAUCACCCUCCUUUCAGUCAUUUGCUAUCUAGUCCAUCCUUCUUGCUCUUCUGCCUCCUUCAAUUCGCUCUGUGCUUGCUCAUAAGACGCUUGGAACACGUCGCCGUGUUCACUGAGCAGCAUACAUCCCGAUACUAAGCGGUCUGUCCGACAGGCAUGGCUUCACAGCUUCAAGUGGGCCAACAGGCACCUUCAGCACAUCCUCGCUCGCAUUUGCACAUGUCGUCCUUGCCUUCACACGACCCAUCACCGUCCGUAUCCCCAGGUCCGGACUCAGCCCUGCCUCAAGCACCUCCUCCGGCGACCUUGUGGGAUUACAUCUCGGUAUACCAGCAUCCGUCUUUCGUUUCUUCACGCUCACCCUCUGUCUCGACUUACUGUUCCGGGUAUGAACCGGCUCACAACCAAGGGGACGGAUAUAUGCCUCCGCAACAGUGGCCUGGAGGUUUGCCGAUUGGUCAUGAACCACGAUGUGACAUGCAACUUGACCCUAGGUAUACGAUGCGUUCGGCGAUCGGGGAUGACUAUCUAAAUGGUCCGGGCAGUACAGAAACGAGUGGGUGGAGGAGUGAGGAGACAGGAAGCCACUGCGGUGGUACGCAAACUCCUGGCAGUACAACCCAGCAGGAGUCUGGGCUGGGUAUUUCUGACUAUGUGCGUACUAACCCCUACUGGAUGAACGCCGAUAAGUUGGAAUGGGGGCGUGCUCCCAGGGCUGCUGUACCCGUGAACAACGCGGAGAACCCUCAGGGAUCACUGUCUAUUGCACAAGACCGAGACCAAGUCGGCAAUCUUCUGGAUCCUGCUGCUGAUCAGAGGAAUGGUGUUCACAAUACCACCCCGACAUGGAUGCCAGAGUCGGCCGCACGAAUGCAUGCGUCAAUGUAUGGACGUCCGCCUUCAUGGUCCGUUGCUCCCCCACCCAGGCCAGGUCCUCCGCCGGGCUUUCAGGAUACAGCGUUUGCAAGUGCUGCACCUGAACGAGAAAUCGCGCCUCCUCCUGGCUUUGACAUCAUUCAAUGGAUCGGCGAGGCGCACGAGCCUGGAUUCAACGCAGUCGUGCAUAACGUUGCGGAGGGUGAACCAACAAAGACACCGCCCGUCGAGUUCGUGCCCGCGGACCGACCACUGAAGGUUCAGUAUCCGCUCUCGGCGAUGAUGGGUGGUGUUGAAAGAGAGCUCGAUGCGGAAGAGUCGAAGUUCGUGAUGGUUUGUUAUCGGCUUACGGAGCUUUUGGGCAUGUUCAAGGAAGAGAUGGAGAAUCCUGUGCUCAAAGUCAAAUUCGGGAAGGAGAUGGAGCGUGUUAUGCAUGAAGUCAAUGCAAUCGAAAGGGAAUCCCGUAUGACGAAGUUGAGAAGGACGAACGUGGUCGGAGAUAAUCGCGGUAUAUGGGAGGAUAAGUGCUAUGGCAAGGUUGGUGUGUACAAACAUGAUGUUCUCCCUGUUAAGUUGAAGAAGAAGGAGGGAGUCGUGGUAGCGGAGAAGGAGCUGUGUGAUGAGGAAGAAUCGACAGACUGUGAUUCGCCAGAUUAUGACUCCAUCCAAACAAUUUUUCAACUCCCGCCCAGCAUCGUCGAGAACAACCCCUCUGUCAAGCUUGAAUCUUCCGUGAGAUUAGAUCGAGACGGAAAGGGUGAGUCAAGGUGGUUCCAACAUGAGCAACGCUCCACAGACUAG